AUGAACAGAAACAGUAAAAUGAACAGAAACAGUAAAGUGAGCAGAAACAGUGAAGUGAAAAGAAACAGUAAAGUGUACAGAAACAGUGAAGUGAAAAGAAACAGUAAAGUGAAAAGAAACAGUAAAGUGUACAGAAACAGUAAAAUGAACAGAAACAGUAAAGUGAACAGAAACAGUAAAGUGAACAGAAACAGUAAAGUGUACAGAAACAGUAAAGUGUACAGAAACAGUAAAGUGAACAGAAACAGUAAAGUGAAAAGAAACAGUAAAGUGAACAGAAACAGUGAAGUGAAAAGAAACAGUGAAGUGAAAAGAAACAGUAAAGUGUACAGAAACAGUAAAGUGAAAAGAAACAGUAAAGUGAACAGAAACAGUAAAGUGAACAGAAACAGUAAAGUGAACAGAAACAGUGAAGUGAAAAGAAACAGUAAAGUGAAAAGAAACAGUAAAGUGAAAAGAAACAGUGAAGUGAAAAGAAACAGUGAAGUGAAAAGAAACAGUAAAGUGAACAGAAACAGUGAAGUGAAAAGAAACAGUAAAGUGAAAAGAAACAGUAAAGUGAACAGAAACAGUAAAAUGAACAGAAACUGUAAAAUGAACAGAAACAGCAAAGUGAACAGAAACAGUAAAGUGAACAGAAACAGUAAAGUGAACAGAAACAGUAAAGUGAACAGAAACAGUAAAGUGAACAGAAACAGUAAAGUGAAAAGAAACAGUAAAGUGAAAAGAAACAGUGAAGUGAAUUGA